AUGGAUAACUAUCGCUCCUGCCCCUCGACGAUCAACGAAUGCGAAGCGCGUAAAGCUGGCGCCUUCACUUCCCUUCCCAUUCGCAUGAACCGCUACAGCGAGAUCGCCAACAAGGCUGUCCAGGACUUUGUCUGCAAAUGGAACUGCCACUUCGAUGCCGGACCCAAUUAUCCCGGCUCAUCUGCGUCUCGUUUUGGAUCAAGAGAGAACCCACUUGUCAUGCUCAUUCCCGAGGCACUGCCGGACAGACUGGCGACGGCAGCGUGUUUGGCUGAGAUGGCACGAUUGCUGGAUGAUCUCUGCCACCGGUUCGGCUCUCACAAUCGACACGAGGUCUUCGAGCUGUUGAGCCGGUGCAUCGAGCAAUUCUCUGAUUCUGCUUCGUGUUCGUGCUCGGGACCGUGUGGUAAAGGUUCGGGAGGCAGUCGUCACUCUCAUCACGCUCGUCACCAUCAUCUGCAGAAGAUCAUUUCUGAGGUGUUCUCGAACGUCUUCCGGGUUGACUGCGAGAACGGUGUGCACUUGCUCGAGGUGUAUCGGAAGGCGAUUGUUCGGGCCCCGACACCGCUGGAUAGCAAGAAGAAGUUCGCGUUUGAAGCUUUCUGGCCGAUCCUGGAAUUUGCGAUUGGGGUCCACCUCUCGCACGUCGAUCAUAUGCUUCUUCACGAAAUUAAGGACGUGGCCGAUGAGUGUCUCGCCCUGAAUGAUGAGUACUGGAGCUGGACUGCUGGGUGCACAGAACCCAAGGCAGGACGAAACAUCAUCGAUUGCUUCAUCCGUGUCGAGGGGCUGUCGGUGGAAGUAGCACAGGAGAGGGUCAGAAGGAAGAUUCUCGAGCUCGAGAGCCGAUUUCUCUCCCUGAAGGACAGCUUCUCUUGGCAACAUCCGACUGAAUCAAUGCGUCUGAACCGCUGGAUUGAGGCCGUUGGGGCUGCAAUGGCUAGCUACAACUACUGGCGCGCCAGCCUCUCGUCUGGAUGCUUUGGCAGCAACAGCAACAGCAGUUGCUGCGGCAAGUCCGACUGGACCAGCACUUCAUCCUGCUCUCCUACUCUGAUCGAUCGUCCACUAUCCCCCCAGCUGAGCUACAGAAUCCGCCACAACCUCGAGAGUAAGACCAAGGACACAACGGCGUUGACCGCCCCGACAAACUACAUCAACUCCAUCGCCGCUACCCCGACCACCGCCAUUCUGAAUAUGCUCCCGGCUGCGCUGAACAGCUGGACGCGCGCUCCCGAGUUCUCCCUGCAGCACAUCCACACUAUCUUCACCAACCUCCACAAUGCCACUCUGAUCCUUUGGGACGUUUUCACUGGGUGCAGCACCCGCCAUAGCAGUCCCGCGACGCACCUCGUCUUCGGCACCGCCCAAGCCACCAACAGCGCCUACUACGCCUUCACGCAUGCUCUGCACUCCGUGCAGCACCACCCGAACCUGCUUCCCAACUCAGUGCAGGCUACCUCCAUCUUGACUGAGGGCCUCACCAGACUUUUCACAGGGCAAAGCUGGGCUCUGAAUUGGCAAUUCACCCACCACACCCCGACCGAAUCUGAGUAUCUGGGCUUGAUUGACGACACUACGGGGGCUCUUUUCUCGAUCCUAGUGAAGCUGCUCCAGUCGCAGGCCCGCUAUGCUUGUUCACCAUCUCCCUGCCAGCCCAACGGGAGCCACGAGUCCAAAUUUUUGAGUCGUGCUGAACCCCUCCUCCACCUCACCAACCUGCUUGCGCGCUUCAUCCGCAUCCGGGAUGAAUACAUCUUUUUCACCACUGAGGUGUCUACCAGUCCUAAUCUGACUACGCCUACCUCCAAGAAUUCCACUGAAGGCCAGAUCGGCGCAUACGGCUACUCCUAUCCGGUGAUUCGUCUGCUGAACACGCGCCCGGAAUGCCGUGCGCAGAUUAUGGCGUUGCUUUCAGCAUCAGCAUCAGCAUCGGCAUCGGCAUCGGCGACCAUGUCUUGUUCUUCCUCCGCUACUGGUUCUUAUUCGAGAUGCUCGGGUGGAAAUAUCUCAAGCCCAGCGCCAUGCUCCUGUCCCUCUGCGUCUCCCUGCUCUGCACUUGGACCAGAUACCGCAGGCAACGGAUUCGGGUUGGGUAGCUGUUCCAGUCCCGUCGCUGGCUCGGCCACGCCAAUGAGCCUUUUCAGUCUGCUGCAGUUACUCCGAGAGACCGGGGUGUUGGCUGCGACGCGAGAGUUUUUACGCGACAUGGAGGAGCAGAUUGAGCGGGAGGUGGGGUGUUUGGAGGCUGGGGUGUAUGGGGGAGAGACGAAUUCGAUGCUGAGGGCUGUUGUGAGCCGGUUGAGCAAGAGGGGGGCUGUUUGA